AACUCAGAAAGUUUCUUUCUGAGAGACGGUGUGAGGGUGUGAUACCCAAACCCUGCACCAAUCUCAAAGCAUGAAAAAAAACCGUUAAAAAAACAAAAAAAAACAGAGAAGAGUCCCGUUAGGAGUCUUCUCCCAUGGGACUUCCGAUCGUAGUCGAAGAACGACUCCGGGGAGGAGUCCAACUUUUUCCACCUCUUCCCCUCUAUUUAAAGGGACAAAGUCCCUUGUGAAACCUCACUGCCAACGACCAUUAUUCACUGGAAAGAAGCCAUCUUCCUCGUCCCCGAGUCCGCCGGAUUUCAGCCAAUAGUCGCCGGAAAAAUCAGCCACAUUCUUAUAAAAAACAAGCACCGAGCUCUUGGUUCUCAGGUCUGUCUCCAAGGAUCAAACCAUGUUUGCAGCUGUCCACCCCGCCCCUCAACCCUCAGAAACCUUGCCGGCUGCCAACGCCGUCCGCAUGAACCACCGUCGCUGUGCCCAAAUCUUCUGCACAACCUGCUCUCUUUUAAUCUUGGGUCUCAUCGCCUUCCUGGUGCUGCUUAUCAUCGACUGCGCCAUUUCGUCACAUCCGAAGGUCUCCAUCGAUCGCAUCGCCGCCGUGGGCCUCAACACAACGCCUGGCCUAACGUUAUCCCCCCAUUUCAACGUCACCGUCCGGGUUAAGAACCCGAGCAAAUUCUUCUUCAGAGACUGUUACAGCUAUGGCUAUGCCGCCAUCUCUUACUCCGGCGUCACCGUCGGCGAAGGACUCGUGCCCGUUUUCUGCCAGGGCCCGGAGAAGUCGACGGUGUUGGAGACGGUGCUGAGGGGUUCGGACAUCGUGCUUGCAGAUGGAGUGCGGGACCGACUGGCCGAGGAUCAACGGCGAGGAGAGGUGGCGAUGGAGGUGGUCAUGAAGUUGCCCAAGCCGUCUGAGGAUGACUUCAUAGAGGAGAGCGCUUGGUGCCAAGUGGUGGUAGGUCCAAACUUUGGGUCAACGCCGUGUUCAGUGAAGUAAUUAUCAAGAUAUAUUUCCUAUUUUUGAGUCUGAUGUCGCAGGAUUUCAGACGGCUUCGGUAGUGAUACUAUAUAUAUGGUGGUGACACGCAAUGGUAUGCCAUUGUUAACAUGCAGUUAAUUUUUGAUUUCAUAGGUAGAAGAGAACUUUUGAUGCAUGAUUUUGUGAACCAUUAUUAUUUCUAUCUCUUGAAGUUGUUGAUCUUUUUGAAG